AUGCCCCCGAAGCCGCUUGGCUUACCCCCCCAGCUCCUCAAAGAGAUUGGCGCACCAGAACAAACUGGCGCAUCCCGAUCCAACGGACGAUGGAAGAGUCAAGAGCAGAAUAGAAAAGACCGGCGGAGAUCCGAGAGACAGUCGAGGAAGCAACGACAAACAACAGCACGGAGGGACUUAUCCAAACAAACCCACCGGCACGUUGGAAAAUAUGAGAAGGAGGACGUCGACGAACACCUACAUGACGCUAUAGAAAAGCCGCCAAGGCAGCAAGAACUCCGCCAAUCCGCGCCAAAGAAACGCAAACGAGAAGACCUCGGCGAGGCCGACGACAGUGACGAAUUCGAGCAAUUGUCGGCGACAAAGCAACCAUCCCGUCGCGUCCGGGAGAAGUUGGCUAAGGACGAUGCUGAGAUUGAGCAACUAGAGCGUAAGCUGGGGUUGAAGAAGGGACGCAAGUCGCUGCCCAAGUCUUUCAAGGAUGACGGGCUGGGCGAUCUACUAGGUGAUCUCGACGACGCUAGUGAUACGAACGAGGACGGCCGCAAGGUGAGGAGGGAGGCCGAGGAGUGGCUCGCGCAAAAACGAUCUAAGGCAACUGGCACACUUGCGAAAGUCGGAUAUGCAUCCGAAAGCGAUGAUACAGAUGAGGAUGAUGGGGUAUUCAGCAACGAAGGCGAUGUCACCGGCGAUGAAGACGAAGAGGAGGACGACGACGAAGAGGAGGACGACAACGAAUCCAUGGUCUCCAAAGAUGGGGACGCUUCAGACGACCAAACUUCUUUCGCGGACUUCGAAUCGGAAGUGGAGGAGACGGUGCAAGACACGAAGCGCGUUAGGGAGAACCCCUACUUACCACCCGUUGCAGCUGGCACACAGCUUCCAAAAUACAUUCCCCCUUCGUUGCGGGCGAGAUCUGGCGGCGAUGCAGACAUAGAGGCCCAAAUUCGCAGAAAACUGCAAGGCCCUGUCAACAGAGUGGCCGAAGCCAACCUAACGUCCAUUGUUGGAGAGAUCGAAAAGAUUUACCAGGAUCAUCCCAGGGGUCACACCAACAAUAUUUUGAUCGGACUCCUGAUGGCCCAGAUUUGCGACCCUACGAGCAAGCCUGACACACUAAUGGUCCUUUCUGCCGGCUUCGUUGCUGCCCUUUACAAGGUUAUUGGUGUCGAUUUUGCGGCACAUUUCCUCACUACAGCCGUAGAGCGGUUCCAGGUGGAGAAGAGGAAAGCGGAUGCGGCGGCGGCCGAGCAACGCCUACCGACCAAGGAAACGUCAAACUUGCUCACGGUGCUGGCAGAGAUGUACAUCUUCCGUGUCAUCGGCAGCAAACUCAUGUUCGACUUUGUGCGGCUCCUUCUCAGCAAUCUGUCGGAACUAAACGCUGAGCUCCUCCUCCGGAUCGUGCGCGUGGCGGGCCCCCAGCUGCGCAAGGACGACCCAUUGGCGCUGAAGGAUAUCGUCAGCCUUAUUCGUCCGGCCGUGGCCAAGAUUGGGGAAAGCAACCUGACGAUUCGAACAAAGUUCAUGAUCGAAACCAUAAGCGACCUCAAGAACAACAAGAUCAAGGCCGGUGCACAGGAUUUAGUCAUUCUCGGCGAGCACGUAACACGUAUGAGGAAGGUGUUGGGGUCCCUUGACACACUCAAGCUCAAAGCCACGGAGCCUCUGCGGAUUGGACUUGAAGACAUUGAAAACUCAGACAAAACUGGCAAAUGGUGGCUAGUCGGUGCCAGUUGGGCAGGUCAAGGUGUGCAAGAGGCGAAACAAGACGAUGCCAAGGCUGUGACAGCGGUAGAGACCGAAUUUGGUGACGACGACGACGAUGUGAUCGUUGUGGACGCUGAUGACCUAGCGACACCUGACUACGCCCAGCUUGCUCGAGAGCAGGGCAUGAACACGGAUGUGCGAAGGGCCAUCUUCAUCGCUCUAGUGGCCGCAGCAGACUAUCAGGACGCGUACAUGCGAAUCCUCAAACUGCGGCUCAACAAGUAUAACCGACGCGAGGUGCCUAAUGUGUUGCUUCAAUGCUCGGGAGCACAACAGCACUACAAUCCCUAUUACACGCUAGUGGCAAGGAAGUUCUGCAGCGACUCCAGGAUUAAGCACGCAUUUCAGGACACCCUGUGGACGCUUUUCCGCAGGCUCGGCGAGCCCUUGUUUGGGGAGGAGCCCGAGGAAGAGGACGAAGAGGCAGCAGAUAACCGGCGUCUGAUCAACACUGCCAAGAUGGUGGGAAGUCUAGUUGCCGAUGGUUCUAUUGGUCUUGGAAUUCUUAAGCCUCUGAACCUGGCAUACGUGAAGGAGACAACGAGUCUGUUUGUCGAGGUGAUGCUUAUCUCGGCGCUUCAGGAGUGUGGCCAAAUCAAGAGUAAGAGUUUGGAACAGGCACUUGGCGUGCCUUUUGGCAGUGGGUUGGCCCCAGCUCUCGCUCGAAGCGUAUGCUACUUUUUGCGUAAAAAGGUUCGAGUCACGGACCUGGUUGGAAGUAAGAGGGACACCAGGAGAGUGAAGGAGGCAUGCAAAGUUGCUGAGGGGCUUCUUGAGAGGCCAGGUAACGAUGAUGAGGUAUGA